CUAGGAGAAGGAGACAAGACACGCGCACACACACGCACACAGGGAGGAGGAGGUGGCAGCAGGGACUCUCGUGUCCUGCAGUAUCCGAGGAGCAGACACUCGGCUCGGCUUCAUUCUUCCCUGCUUCUCCGUCCAUAUUGUCUUUUCCCCCGCAGCCCAGUGUCGGUCGGUCGGUCGGACUUGGCCGGGAAAGCAGCGCCAUGGCUCGGGAGAACGGAGACACCGGCAGAGGAGAGACGUGGAAAAAACAGGUCGAUGACAUCAAAAAGAUUUUUGAUUUUAAAGAAGUCCUGGGCACAGGAGCGUUUUCCGAGGUCGUCCUGGCCCAGGAGAAGCUGACGGGCCGGAUGUUUGCGGUGAAGUGCAUCCCUAAGAAGGCUCUGAAGGGGAAGGAGAGCAGCAUCGAGAACGAGAUAGCUGUGCUGAGGAAGAUCAAGCAUGAGAACAUUGUCGCGCUGGAGGACAUCCAUGAGAGUCCUGACCACCUCUACCUGAUCAUGCAGCUGGUGUCCGGCGGCGAGCUGUUUGACCGUAUUGUGGAAAAAGGUUUCUACACGGAGAAGGAUGCGAGCACGCUGAUCCGACAAGUCCUGGACGCUGUAAACUACCUGCACAAGAUGGGCAUUGUACACCGAGACCUGAAGCCGGAGAAUUUGCUGUAUUUUAAUCCCCAAGACGAGUCAAAGAUCAUGAUCAGCGACUUCGGUCUUUCCAAGAUGGAGGGCAGUGGGGAUGUCAUGUCCACUGCCUGUGGCACGCCAGGAUAUGUCGGGUAAGCUCCGGAGGUCCUCGCCCAGAAACCGUACAGUAAGGCCGUGGACUGCUGGUCCAUCGGAGUCAUCGCCUACAUCCUGCUGUGUGGUUACCCUCCGUUCUACGAUGAGAACGACUCCAAGCUGUUCGAACAGAUCCUGAAGGCCGACUACGAGUUUGACGCUCCGUACUGGGACGACAUAUCAGACUCAGCCAAGGAUUUCAUCGGCAGUCUGAUGGAAAAGGAUCCAUCCAAGCGCUUCAGCUGUGAUCAGGCGCUCAGACACCCCUGGAUCGCCGGGGAUACAGCACUCUGCAAGAACAUCCACGAGUCAGUGAGCCGGCAGAUCAGAAAGAACUUCGCCAAGAGUAAAUGGAGGCAAGCAUUCAAUGCCACCGCCGUGGUUCGGCACAUGAGGCGGCUGCAGCUUGGCAGCAGCAUGGGCAGCAGCAUGGACGCCUCCAACCCGCCGACCAGGUUGAACCAGACGCAGAGGCCAUCUCAGAACCAGAGCCAGACGGGCCAAAGCCAGAGCCAGCCAGCUCAGAGCCAAAACACGGGCCAUGUGGCGCAGAGCGCCAACUCAGCCGCCAGCAAAAGCUCUUCCACAGACAACAACAUAGCAGCUCCCUGCAAGGAAAGUGAAGCUGCACCGGUCACACUCUGCAGUCUGGCUUCUGAAGCCUCCUCUCCUGCUUCAGGGGCAGAACUGAACCGGCCACACACCUCGGCGGACCCUGCCCCGGUGAUCACAGAGACCAAGUGACGCCAAGUCCCGCGGAGAACCAGCUGGGAGGCCACAGCACUGUGAGGCAGAGAAUCGGAAAGAGACGGAUGCCGACUUUGUUCCUCCCUCUCCUCACUGCUUUUCAUUUGGAUGCGCCCCCCAGCAAGUUUCCCGCCCUGCUCCCAGGACAGCAGAGGACUUUACCUCCACCCCACCGACACUAUACGCACACCUCCUUCCCACCAGGACGCCGUGAAGGAUUCCUCCUGCCACACAAUGGCAUGGCAACAGUCUCUCAUUGAGGAUGUUUGUACGGCUGUGAUUGGUUGCUGUUUAGUGAUGAAUGGGUGUCGACUGCAGCAAGUUUGAGCUGUGAUUGGUGGUUCAGUGGGCCCAGUGGUAUCAUAUUAAUCAAUGUCAGUCAACAUCAACUUCCCUCUUGAAUCUGGUCUUUCCUGCGCCACUUUGUUUAGCUUUUUUCAAAAUUAUGUUUGACUGUUGACAACUGGAUUGUUUGAUUUAGUAUAAUUACUGUUAAUCUUAAAGGUGGUAUGUGUAACUUUUAAAAAGCAGACACAUCGUUGUCAAAUUGAUCUUAAACAAUAUGAUUGGCCACCAAAUGUGACCUGGUGGCUGCAGAGGCUGAUAGGUCUUCUUACACUCACUUUACUAAAGUAGCAAACUAAUGUGACAACGACUUAAUCAUGUUAAAAGGCUACGUAUAGCACCUUUAAUUUGUAUUAUAUGUCCUUAUGGGCUUGUUUGUGUUUGUUUGUGCUUUAAUAAGUGCUUUAAAAGUACCAUACGACUGUUGAGGGGGAGGAACAUGAGUAAGCGCUUUAUGUAUUUUGCACAUUGGGUCAGAUGAGCCGCCAUCCACUUGUGUUUAUCAUUAUUGAGUUGAGAUUGUAAAACUUUAUAAAGAAAAUAAUCCAGAGUGGAUGUCAGAGCAUUGUACAACAUAAUUAUUGUCUGAAAGAUAAUUGUUUAUUAUUUUCUUACUUUAUAAGACUUUUAUAACAAUCUCCCUUUAGGGACACACUUACUGUGUAUCAUGCAGCAGGUUCAGGAUGGGAUAGUAUUUACUGCAAACCAGCCUCCACUUGAGAAUGUUAGCGAUUACACAAAAGCUUGGCCUGAUUUCCGAAACUAACAAGCAGCGCAGUGCAGUUUGAAGAUGGCUAAAACCCACGUUAUUAACCAUGUGGAGAAACUCUACUGCUUUGGGUCCUCAGAAUACUCAGCCUGUGUGGAGAAAGUGUCGCCUGCUGCGGCUCCUUCCCCCUCUAAAGCAGCCAUGAUCUCACCUUUUCACGUUGUCCUGCUGCACCCAGUUCAGAAGUGCUCAGGGAAAACAUGUUUCCUGGUUCUGUGUUUUGGGUCCAGGUGUUGUGCCAUCACCGUUGUGAUCCGGGACGUUAGCUGUUGCUGCAGUGUUGUGGUGACUCCGGACUUGAAUGUUGAAGACUUGGGCUCAGACUAUUCCACCAACAUCUCCAACCCUGGAACUGCGCAGCGGACAGAACCGCCAACACAACAUGGAGGAUGGGUUGGUUGUUGCUGUAGCCGGUGAGCCCUGCCUUUGUGACCCAACAGCAGACAGUUAUUGGGAAGCUUGGGUCUCACACUUAGUAAAAUGGUCCAACAAUGGCAAAUGGAAAGUAUUUACUUGAUUAUGAGCAGCAAAACAAAAAUGUAUUGUUUUCAGAUUCGUCCACUACCUGCUCCCAGCGUUCAGGUUCAACGCAGAGUUUAAAAAAAUGUAAUGUAACCGUGACAACAGCUCAUUUUUGUUGAAUGACUGAAGUCCACAGCUGGGAGUCCCUGUGUAAUGGAUCAUUAGUGUGAUGGGACAUAAUGACUUUGUUUUCAUUUGUUCUUCAUAGAAUCUCCUCGUGACUCUGACUUACUACUCGAGCUUCAUGCAGGCUGUGGUUAUUGGUUGAAAUGUCCAUUUAGACAGAACUGUACAUGUUAAGCGCUCACUCACACAUAUCAGAUUGUCAUGAUGUAAUUCUUCUUCUGAUCCCUUUAUUGUGAAUUGUAGCCAAAGACUGGUGAUCGGUACUAAGGCACUUUGGUUCGUUCUCCUGGAGAAUCAGUGAGAACAGAACGAGUCAGAUAUGAAGCUGUUCGAGACACAAGUGGACUCAAACUAAGGGCUGAACCCCAGCUUCUAAUUAAUCUGGAGAUAAAUAUAUUCACCCUCCUCCUCUGUUGCCAUUAACCUUUUUCAUUAUCUACACAGAGUGCUUAUGGUACAAAUGUCUUUAAGCCUCUGGAACUCACUUUAAUCUCGCUGCGUCGUUGUGUGUAUUAAGUUCCACUGAAGUGGACUAAGACAUGCCAGACGUUUGUGAAUGCUCACCAGUCUAAAUCUGCAGCACCUUCUUCCUUCAAUGAGCUCUGCAAGGACAUUUCCACUGUUUGUUUUCUUCCCAAUGUGUUCGUCCCCCUCUUCGUACUCUACAACCUUCAUACAUCAUCUGUAGCCCUGAGCCCUGAGCCCAUAGGCUGCCACUCAAGACGUCUUUUAAAAUGAGUCACAAAUAUGGUUGACAUGAGACAGGAAGACUGUCAGCUAUUGGUUAAAGGUUUACAUUUGAAACUUAAAUAUACUGCAGUACCCACUCACUGAAUGUGCACUUCAGUAUGAAGCAUGUAAAUCUUCAACUUUCUACCAGCAGUCUGGGUGUCAGCUGUCCUACACAGGGAUGGACACUGACUGCAAUAGAUAACUCAGUGUCCUUUAGUGAGUGAGCCUACAAAACUAAGUUGAUUUGAAUUUAAUUUCUUCACUAACAAGCAUCCACUUUAAGAGAUCUUUGUGAGAAACCUUUCAUCAUGCGGGAUGCAACACACACACCAGAUGUACCACGUUGUUCAAGCACCUUGAGCAUACAGCGUGAAACGUGCACUGACAUGGUUCAUGCUUUGAGACCAAUCAUGUCACUUUAUGCAUGUUGUCCGAGCAAAUAAAGGUUCAAUAAUGUUGUUAGGGUUAGCCAGAUUAAUUUAGUCAUUUAAAAUGUGCAGUCAAAGAGAAAGUUACCACGUGCACACAGUUCACGUUUCAGAAACAUAUUUUCAUUGUGAGGUCUUGUGUUACAUUUUUCUAUUGACCACAGUCUGAA